AGGGGUUUAGGGAGCUCUGUGGGGGUGAAAGACCCCUUAAAACAACCUGUGGGAUUUAGGGAGCUCUGUGGGGGCUAGGGGUGUGUUGCAGUUGAAUCUGUGGGGCUAGAGAACCCCAUUGGCAUUAAAGGGCCCUUAAACCUGGACCUGUGGGGUUUAGGAACUCUUUUUGCUGACCUUAGGGGGUGUAGUGCCCCUUGCAGCUGGCUCUUUAGGGUUUAGAGGCACUGUGGGGCUUAAGGGUACUAGAGCUUGCUCUGUGUGCUCUAGAGAGCCCUGUGGGGUUUAAGACCUAUUACAGCUGGCCUUGUGGGGUUUAUAGAGCUUUUUGGUGUUUAGAACCCUUUACAGCUGGUCCUGUAGGCUUUACAGAGCUCUGUGGGGUUUAGGGCCCCUCAUAGCUGGGCUUUUGGGGCUUAUAGAGCCUGUGGAGAUCAACACCCUUUACAGCUGACCUUGUGGGGUUUAGAGAGCCCUGUAGAGUUUAGAACCUUUCACAGUGGGGCUUGUGGGGUUUAGAGAAUCUCGUGGCGUUUAGAACCCCUUACAGAUGGCCAUGUGGGCGUUAGGGAGCCAUGGCGGGUUUAGAGCCCCUCAGAGCUUGGCUUGUAAGACUUACAGAGUGUUGUGGGGUUUAGAGCCCCUUACAGCUGUUCUUGUGGGGUUUACAGAGUCCUGCGUGGUUUAGAAACCUUCACAGCUGCCUUUGUGGGAGUCACAGAGCCCUGUGGGGUUUAGAACCCCUUACAGCUGUCCUUCUGGGGUUUACAGAGCCUUGUGGGGUUUAGGGCCCCUCACAGCUGGCUUUGUGUGGUUUACAGAGCCCUAUGUGGUUUAGAGAGCCUUGUGGGAUUUAGAACUGCUCACAGCUGUCCUUGAGGGGUUUUCAGAGCUCUGUGGGGUUUAGAACCCCUUUCAGCUGGCCUUGUGGCAUUUAGAUAACCUUGUGGGGUUUAGAACCCUCACAACUUUCCUUGUGGGAUUUACAGAGUCCUGUGGGGUUUACAGAGCCCUGGGCGGUUUAGAACCCUCACAGCUUGCCUUGUGGGACUUACAGAGCCCUGUGAGAUUUAGAACCCUUUCAGCUGUCCUUGUGGGAUUUACAGAGCCCUGUGGGGUUUAGAACCCUUUCCAGCUGUCCUUGUGGGGUUUAUAGAGCCCUGUAGGGUUUAGAACCCCUUACAGCUGUCCUUGUGGGCUUUACAGAGCUCUGUAGGGUUUAGAACCCUUUCCAGCUGUCCUUGUGGGGUUUACAGAGCCUUGUGGGGUUUAGAACUCCUGUCAGCUGGCCUUGUGGUGUUUGGAGAACCUUGUGGGGUUUAGAACCCUCACAGUUUUCCCUGUGGGAGUUAUAGAGCCCUGUGGGGUUUAGAACCCCUUACAGCUGAGUUUGUGGGGUUUGCAGAGUCCUGUGGGGUUUAGAACUUCUCACAGCUUUCCUUGUGGGGUUUACAGAGCCCUGUGGGAUUUAGAACCCCUUUCAGCUGUCCUUGUGGCGUUUAUAUAGCUCUGUGUGGUUUAGGGCUCCUUACAGCUGUCCUUGUGGGAUUUACAGAGCCCUGUGGUUUUUAGAACCCAUUGCAGCUGGCUUUGUGGUAUUUGGAGAACCUUGUGGGGUUUACAGAGCCCUGUGGGCUUUCGAACCCUUUCAGCUGUCCUUGUGGGGUCUACUGACCCUUGUGGGGUUUAGAACCCCUUACAGCUGGCCCUGUCAGGUUAGGGAGCUCUUGUGAGGUUUAGAACCCCUCACAGCUGGGCUUGCAGGGCUUAUCGAGCUCAGUAAAGUUCAGAACCCCUUACAGAUGGGUCUGUGGGGUUUUACUGCUCUAAGGGUUUACCUUUUGGUGGCGAUGAGGAACACCCAUGGGAAUACAUCAGCCCCUGCAUUCAUGCUUGGGACAACUGUGUUAUACUAAAGAUCCUGCUUUUCUGCCCUUGUGUCCAUUCUUUAUUGCGAUUUGUAAAAUUGGACCUGAAAGAAAAGAGCAAGACUUCGUUGGAGGAGAUGUCGAGAAAAAAGCAGCAAAGAGAUGGCUUCAAGACAAAGAUGCUUCUCCCAGUUAUCCAGCCUGUUCUCCUCGCCCAUCCUGCCAAGGCGUUUUCUGUAAGUGUGUCAUUUUCUGAAUGAUUGUGGGCACUUAGGCUUCAAUGGACCUCGAUAAAUCCAGAGUAUCUCGCUGGGGCUGUUACCCGGAGCCCAGCUUUAGUAACCCACCGGCGGCUUUCGAGAUGACAAGGAUUUUGACAGCUUGCAAAGUGGCGAGGACUUUGAAAGGCAGAUUGGAGUUCUGCAACGCGUCUGCUGAUCGUUGGAGUUUCUCAAGGACUGGAACCAGGUUGUUGAGCAUCAAGGCGCAGACAGCAAACUUGGUGCUGGAAGAUGGGACAAAGAUGAAGGGCUAUUCUUUCGGCCAUCCAUCCUCCGCAGCAGGAGAAGUUGUAUUCAACACUGGUCUUUCUGGAUGCACUGAAGCCUUGACAGACCCCGGCUACAAAGGGCAGAUUCUUACCCUGGCCAACCCCAUAGUUGGGAAUGGUGGAGUGCCUGACACGGCUGCUUUGGACAAAAUGGGCCUCAGGAAGUUCCUGGAAUCUGAUGGGAUCAAGGUUUCAGGGUUGCUGGUGUUGGAUUACAGCAAUGAGUACAGCCACUGGCAGGCUGCGAGGAGGCUGGGAGAGUGGCUGCAGGAAGAGCAGGUGCCUGCACUGUAUGGGAUUGAUACCAGAAUGAUCUCCAAGUUAAUUCGUGACAAGGGCACGGUACUUGGGAAGAUUGAAUUUGAAGGUCAGCCCGUGGAGUUUGCAGACCCAAAUAAGCGAAACUUAAUUGCAGAAGUUUCAACAAAGGAAGUCCAGGUCUAUGGGAGAGGGAAUCCGAUUAAAGUUGUAGCUGUCGACUGCGGGUUGAAGUACAACGUUAUCCGUCUGCUGGUGAAGCGAGGAGCAGAAGUGCAUUUGGUUCCAUGGGACCAUGAUUUCACCAGCAUGGAGUAUGACGGGCUUGUGAUUUCCGGAGGUCCAGGGGAUCCCAUGAAGGCCCAGGUGGUGAUUCAGAAUGUCAGAAAGGUCCUGGAGAGCAACCGCCCAGAGCCCUUGUUUGGAAUCAGCAUGGGGAAUCUAAUCACUGGAAUAGCAGCCGGAGCGACUUCCUACAAGAUGCAGAUGGCCAACAGAGGACAGAAUCAGCCUGUCUUGAACGCAGUGACUGGGCAGGCUGUCAUCACUGCUCAGAACCACGGCUACGCCAUUGACAGCUCUACCCUCCCACCUGGCUGGAGGCCUCUCUUUGUAAAUGCCAAUGAUCAAACAAACGAGGGAUUUAUGCAUGAGACCAGACCAAUCUUCACAGCUCAGUUCUACCCAGAGGCAAAUCCUGGGCCAAGAGACACAGAGUUCCUGUUUGAUUCGUUUAUGUCACUGGUUAAGAGGGGAAAAGGCACUACUGUUUCCUCGGUCCUGCCCAAGGCUGGAGCAACAGCUUCCAGAGUGGAGGUCUCCAAAGUUCUCAUCCUAGGAUCUGGGGGUCUAUCGAUUGGGCAGGCAGGGGAAUUUGAUUACUCCGGAUCCCAGGCUGUGAAAGCCAUGAAGGAAGAAAAUGUGAAAACCGUCCUCAUGAAUCCCAACAUCGCUUCAGUGCAGACCAACGAGACUGGCCUAAAGCAGGCUGACACUGUCUACUUCCUCCCCAUCACUCCACACUUUGUCACGGAGGUCAUCAAGGCAGAGCGUCCUGAUGGAUUAAUUCUGGGCAUGGGUGGCCAGACUGCUCUGAACUGCGGAGUGGAACUCUUCAAGCAAGGAGUCCUGCAGGAAUAUGGUGUGAAGGUCCUAGGUACAUCAGUUGAGUCCAUCAUGGCUACAGAGGAUAGGAAGCUUUUUUCCGAUAAACUGGCUGAGCUAAAUGAAAAGAUUGCUCCUAGCUUUGCAGUGGAAUCGAUUGAAGAUGCUCUGAAGGCAGCUGAGAAGAUCAGCUACCCCAUCAUGAUACGUUCUGCUUACGCCCUUGGAGGUCUGGGGUCAGGCAUCUGUCCUGAUGAGGAAACUCUGCUGGACCUUGGCACGAAGGCGUUUGCGAUGACUAACCAGAUUCUAGUGGAAAAGUCGGUUGUUGGCUGGAAGGAGAUAGAGUAUGAAGUGGUGAGAGAUGCUGCCGACAACUGUAUUGCUGUCUGCAAUAUGGAAAACAUGGAUGCUAUGGGAGUCCACACAGGAGAUUCUGUUGUAGUGGCUCCAAGCCAGACGCUCACUAAUGAGGAAUUUCAGAUGCUGAGGGAUCGUGCCAUCAAAGUUGUCCGACAUUUGGGCAUCGUGGGAGAGUGUAAUAUCCAGUUUGCUCUGCAUCCAACUUCCCUGGAGUACUACAUCAUUGAAGUUAACGCCAGGCUCUCAAGAAGUUCGGCUCUGGCCUCCAAGGCAACAGGGUAUCCUUUAGCAUUCAUCGCUGCCAAAAUUGCCUUGGGGAUCCCCUUGCCAGAAAUCAAGAACGUGGUGACAGGAAAAACCUCUGCCUGCUUUGAGCCCAGCCUGGAUUAUGUUGUCACCAAGAUACCCCGCUGGGAUCUGGACCGUUUUCAGCAUGUGUCCAACCGGAUUGGAAGCUCCAUGAAGAGUGUGGGAGAGGUCAUGGCAAUUGGACGCACUUUUGAAGAGAGCUUCCAGAAGGCCCUGAGAAUGUGCCACCCAUCUGUAGAUGGCUUCACUUCACGUCUGCCCAUGAAUAAAGCCUGGCCAGCUGUCGUGGAUCUCCAGAAGGAACUCUCUGAGCCAUCCAGCACUCGGAUAUACGCAAUAGCCAAGGCCUUGGAUAACGAAGUCUCCGUGGAUGUGAUUCACAAACUCACAGCCAUCGACAAAUGGUUCCUUUAUAAGAUGCACAGCAUUGUGAACAUGGAGAAGAUCCUGAAGGAAGUGACAAGUGAAACAGUUCCAGAAGAGAUGCUGAGGAAAGCCAAGCAGAUCGGGUUCUCGGACAAACAGCUUGGGAAAUGCCUGGGGCUGACUGAGGCUCAGUGCCGCCAGCUGCGCUGGAGGAAGAACGUAGUGCCCUGCGUGAAACAGAUUGACACUCUGGCAGCGGAAUACCCAGCGGUAACCAAUUACCUCUACGUCACGUACAAUGGGCAGGAACACGAUGUAAAAUUUGAUGACCGUGGAGUGAUGGUGUUGGGCUGUGGACCUUAUCACAUAGGCAGCAGUGUGGAGUUUGAUUGGUGUGCCGUCUCCAGCAUCCGCACGCUGCGUCAGCUUGGCAACAAGACCGUCAUGGUGAAUUGCAACCCGGAGACGGUGAGCACAGAUUUCGAUGAGUGUGACAGACUGUACUUUGAGGAGCUGUCAUUGGAAAGGAUCCUGGACAUCUACCAAUAUGAGGGAUGCAGUGGUUGCAUCAUUUCUGUAGGCGGGCAGAUUCCCAAUAACUUGGCAGUGCCACUACACCAGAAUGGAGUGAAGAUCCUUGGCACAAGUCCUUUGCAGAUUGACCGGGCAGAAGAUCGCUCGAUGUUCUCAGCUGUUCUGGAUGACCUGCACGUGGCCCAGGCUCCCUGGAGGGCGGUCAGCACGCUGGGAGAAGCAGUGGAGUUUGCAAGGUCUGUGGGUUACCCGUGUUUGCUGAGGCCUUCCUACGUUCUGAGUGGGUCGGCAAUGAACGUAGUGUUCACUGAAGAGGAAAUGAAGAGGUUCUUAGCUGAAGCCACCAGAGUCUCUCAGGAUCACCCUGUGGUGCUCACGAAAUUUAUUGAAGAUGCCCGUGAAGUGGAAAUGGAUGCGGUAGCCACAGCAGGAAGGGUUAUCUCCCACGCUAUCUCGGAGCACGUGGAGGAUGCCGGCGUUCACUCUGGAGAUGCCACCCUCAUGUUACCCACGCAGACCAUUAGCCAGGGAGCCUUGGAGAAGGUAAAAGCUGCUACCAGAAAGAUUGCCGAUGCCUUUGCCAUCUCUGGGCCUUUCAACGUUCAGUUUUUGGUGCGAGGCAACGAUGUGCUGGUCAUAGAGUGCAACUUGCGGGCUUCUCGCUCCUUCCCCUUUGUAUCCAAGACUCUGGGGGUGGAUUUCAUCGAUGUGGCCACAAAAGUGAUGACUGGAAAAGAGAUUAAUGAGUCCUCCCUUCCCACGCUGGAGCAUCCCAUUAUUCCCUCCAGCUAUGUUGGGAUUAAGGCCCCGAUGUUUUCCUGGCCCCGGCUGCGAGAUGCUGACCCGGUGCUCCGAUGUGAAAUGGCCUCGACUGGGGAGGUCGCGUGCUUUGGGGAGGACGUGUACUCUGCCUUCCGGAAGGCGAUGCUCGCCACAGGGUUUACCUUUCCAAAGGAAGGAGUUUUGAUUGGAAUCCAGAAGUCCUUCCGCCCCAGAUUUCUUGGUGUAGCAGAACUACUGCACGAGGAAGGGUUCAAGCUUUAUGCCACAGAAGCAACCUCGGACUGGCUCAAUGCUAACGGCAUCCCAGCAAGUCCUGUGGCUUGGCCAUCGCAGGAGAGCCAGAGCACGAGCCUCCCUCCCCUCAGGAGGCUGCUAAGGGAUGGGAAAAUAGAUCUGGUGAUUAACCUGCCCAACAGCAACACCAAGUUUGUCCAGGAUAAUUAUGUGAUCCGGAGGAUGGCUAUCGACAGUGGGAUUGCUCUGCUCACUAAUUUCCAGGUGACAAAGCUUUUUGCCGAAGCUGUCAAACACUCUGGGCAGUUGGACUCCUGGAGCCUCUUCCACUACAGACAGGUUGACAAUGGAAGCACUGCAUAGAGGAACCAUCUUCAACCUGCAGUCUUGCUGCUUCGGGCACCACAAAGAGAGGGCAACUCAGAUCAUCCACCUACCCAUCUUUCUGUGUAUUUUACAGUAUCUGAUUGUUUUUCCGACUCGCACAAACUAAUUCCUAGCCAGUCCUCUUGAUGGUGUAUUGGAAAGGCGUCCUCUCUCCAGCCUCUCCGCCUUUUUCUCCCAUUUCCGCUUAGGAUCAACCAGAAGUUACUUACUAGAUGGGUAUAUCCAGACACCACCGUAGCAGAGCAGAUGAAAGGAGACACAAGUGAUCCCACCUGGAGUUGGUUCCCUCUUUUCAUAACGGAGCCUGCUCCUCCUUAGAAGUGCUUCUUGGGUCCCUACUCCUAGCUCUCUCGUCCUGGGCUGCUAGAGCCCAAACUCUCCUAGAAGGACACGCCGCUGAUUAGUGAGGAUUUUAUGACUUUAUGUAACAAUUAAACAUCCUUCUGCUUGAUCCACCUGAUGAUAGCAUAGAUCCCUGCCGCGGUGGUGAGUGUAAAAGGAGCUCUUUAAAAACAGAGGAACAUGAAUUCCCCAUCAUUCCCUGCCACAGCUGACAGGCAGGAUGCAGCUAUUUUUUGUUUGGUUUGUAAUCCUGGCCAGGAAUCAUCUUCUUAGAUUUGCUGAGAGAGGAAAGCUGAGUGUCUGUGUCCUGCAGUCCUUCCAAAUUCUGCUUAGUCCUUCAGGCUAUUAUUAUUACAUUUUAAAUUCUGGCUCAAUGCUCUGAAUUCAGAUGCUGGCCUUGUAUCAUAAAGGCUCACUCUCAGCUUUGUGUCUGGCUUCAGAAGUGGAGAACUCCCCCAAGAUUUCAUGCGCUGCUGUCCAACGUUUCAUGCCGUGAUGGUGGGCAUUAAAAUGGAAUCCUUUCAAAAUGAGGUGAAAGUGUUGCAGUGCUUUGUCUCUCCCAAUAAAGUGACCCGUUCACUUUCGCUCCAGCCUUCUCUGCUGCCUUUUCAGCUCUGGCAACGCCUGGAAAUGCUGCCGUCUACGGACCAGAUGCCCGCUCUGCCACACGGUGCGUGUUACCACUUGCUGUCUACUUGGCAAAAGACUUCAGCAGCUCCAUGCAUCCUGCAGCACAUACGGUGUCUGCCCCUACACAUUAAGGAAUGUACAAGUCUGUCAUUUUCCUGCACAUUGCAGCACGUGUGCAGCAUAUCCUGGAGUUGGGAAGAUUCGAAGUUGAAUAACUUUUCUGAUAUUUGCCAGAGUAACCUAAAUUAUGAGUGCAGAGGAGGCCACGGAGAUGGUUCAAGGGCUGGAGCGCCUCCUGUAUGAGGACAGGCUGAGAGAGUUGGGGUUGUUCAGCCUGGAGAAGAGAAGGCUGUGGGGAGACCUUAGAGCAGCUUUC